AUGUUUAUUGCUCCUGAUAAACUGGAGGAGUCGACAUUGCGGCGAGAUGAUGACAACUUCUCUCUGGUAACUGUAACAAGCGUUUCCCUGCAGGAGAGCACAGGCAGCACUUUCACUGGGUCAGUCUACACAAAUUGGGAAGAGAAAUUCGCCUGUCACUCAUUACAGGGCCGAGGUCGCGUUUUCAGCUAUCGAAAGAGAAGGACUUACUUCGGCGAUGGAGUCUUCAGCGCACCAGCUGGCGUCUGUCCGCGUCAUGUUACUUCAUCAGUCAUUCGUCGUAAUACAGGCGAUUCUCGGCUUGUGUUUGUUUGGCCGCAGAAAACCAGCCGGAGUCGACUCUCGAAUGUCCUUGUGCCCCUUCUACGUGGUAUCCUAGUUGGAUUAUUAUUCAUAGACGCUCUUCAUCUAUGGCCUGGAGAAUUUUUACCCACAUGUCUACCGCCGACCAUGCCAAUUACUCUACCGCCGGUCAAAUGUAACGUCAUUGAGCCGCGUUGGUACGAUAAUAACUGAAUUUUUGCAUCGCCUAAUUAUGUUCGCAUAAAUAUAUAUAUGUUUGCGAUAUCGCGAAUAUAAUUUUAUUAAAACACUAUAC